AAUGUCUUCAGGUCCAUGUUCGCGGCGGCUUGCGCUCCAGUCCUUCUAGAAACACACGACUCUUCCCACCGUAUAAAAACGGAGCCAGCUCCAGCCCCGUCGAGACAGAGUCAGUCAGAACUCAGAACUCACAACAGAGCUCGCCAUUCUGCCACCGCCCACCGGACGGGAAGCCACAGCCAGCCAGCGGAACACAGGUCGCGUAUGCGCCGGGCUGCCGCCGUUACCAGGAGGAUGGCAUCGGCCGUCGGGAUGAGGGAGGCAUCCACCGCCACCGCCGAGGCGGCGGCGGCGUCGUCGUCGGCCCCGCGGUCGAGCUGGCGGCGCGCGCUGCGCUGGAUGCCCACCUCUACCGACCACGUCGUCGCCUCCGAGAAGCGCCUCCUCUCCACGCUCAAAACUGGAUAUGUCCAGGAACAGAUCAACAUCGGCCCGGCUCCACCUACGCCUGCGCUAAAAGCAAGAUCGUCAAGAGAUGAGCCAAGGUUCAUCAACACGGUGACGUUCGACAGCAAGGAGGAUGCGCCCACCCUCGUCCUGGUCCAUGGCUUUGGUGCUUCGCAGGGGCUCUUCUUUCGCAACUUUGAUGCCCUCGCAAAACGUUUCCGGGUGAUUGCCAUCGAUCAGCUUGGUUGGGGUGGAUCAAGUAGACCUAAAUUCACCUGUAAAAAUACCGAAGAAACUGAGGCCUGGUUCGUAGAUUCUUUUGAGGAAUGGCGCAAAGCAAAGAACCUCAGUAAUUUUAUAUUGCUUGGUCAUUCUUUCGGAGGAUAUGUGGUUGCACGGUAUGCCUUGAAGCAUCCCGAACAUGUGCAACACUUGAUUUUGGUCGGUCCUGUUGGCUUUUCACCAGAAGCAGAUCCUACCGCCGAGAGUUUAACCAAGUUUCGAGCCAAGCUAGCACACCAUCUUUGGGAGUACAAUUUUACAGCUCAAAAAAUUGUGAGAGGAUUGGGCCCUUGUGGUCCUGCUUUAGUUCGGUCAUAUACCACUGCUAGGUUUGGCUCAUUCCCAACAGGUGAAUCACUAACAAAACAAGAGUCCUCCUAUCUGACUGACUACAUUUACCAUACUAUAGUUGCCAAAGCUAGUGGAGAGCUGUGCCAAAAAUAUCUUUUUUACAUGGGACCAUUUACAAGGAAAUCUCUUCUGCAGAGUGCACCCGACUGGAAAGUGCCGACUACUUUCAUAUACGGACAGGAUGAUUGGGUGGAUUACCAAUUGGCGCAACAAGCAUGCAAGGAUAUGAAAAUUCCUUAUGAAAUCAUCAGAGUCCCACAGGCAGGGCAUUUCGCGUUUAUGGAUAACCCUUCAGCGUUUGAGUCGGCGGUUUUCUAUGCGAGCCGGGAUUUUCUAUCCAGAGAUUCGGAGGAGGGUCUCUCUCUUCCAGAUGGCUUGACAUUUGCAUGAGGCGUCAUCUGGCACCAAUGAACAUAAGCAAGGCUAUACGAAGUUAGAAAGCGACCAAUGUUACAAGCUUGUUUUGGUUUUGUAUGUAUGAAUUGUGUGUGUGCCAUUUAUAUGUGCUUGCAUAGAGAUCCAAGUGGGCCAAUAUUAGGGUACCCUCCGCCCUCUUUAAUAUAAAAAAUUAAACUAACUUUUGCAAAAUGAUGUUGUUAUCAGAAAGUUAGUUCAUUUUUUUGAACUAAAAGGGCAAGUGUACUCACUUGCAUCUAUAUGCUUGUGUAUCAGUAAUGGGAAACAUGAUGAUGCCAUCUACGUAA